AUGCCCCUCACAACCUUUGAUAUACCGGAGAGAUAUUUGUACCAGACGGGUUUCCUUGCCAACUUAGAAACGGAGGCUAUCCCAGGAGCCCUGCCAAUCGGACAGAACUCACCCCAAAAAUGUCCGUACGGUCUCUAUGCUGAGAAAAUCUCAGGAACGGCAUUUACAGCACCACGAUGGGAGAAUCAGCAGACAUGGGUAUAUCGGAUCAUUCCAUCAGCAUCCCACGCUGCAUUUGAGGCGGUUCCUAGCGGCAGCAACCUAGAAGCAAAGUUUAAUUACAUUCCCGAUCAGCUCCGAUGGGAUCCCUUUGAUGUCAACAAGGAUGUUGACUGGAUUCGAGGCCUGAAUAUGGUCGCCGGUGCAGGUGACCCUGCUCUUAAGAACGGUGUUGCUUACUAUAUCUACGGUGCUACCCUGUCAAUGGCUGAGAAAACUGCCUUUUAUAAUGCUGAUGGUGACAUGCUCAUUGUACCUCAGCUAGGCGCGCUUGAUAUAUGGACGGAAAUGGGCCGGUUACUCAUUCGACCGAACGAAAUAUGUGUCCUACCUCGUGGUAUCAGAUACCGUGUCGAUCUCGUGGACAACCAGCCGAUCAGGGGAUUCGCACUGGAGAUCUACAACGGGCACUUUCAAUUGCCCGAACUCGGGCCCAUAGGCUCGAAUUGUUUAGCAAAUGCUCGAGAUUUCCAGAUACCUGUCGCGGCAUACACUCAUGAUACUAAGUCGUGUUGGAAGGUGUACAAUAAAUUUCGCGGCCAGCUGUUCUCUGCCGGGCAAAUACACACGCCGUUUGAUGUUGUCGCUUGGGAAGGGAGGUAUUAUCCGUACAAAUACGAUCUAGGGCGCUUCAAUACUAUUGGUACCAUCUCAUAUGAUCAUCCGGACCCAUCACUAAAUACUGUCCUCACCGCAACGUCCAACGCACAUCCGGGGACCGCAAUUGCCGACUUUGUCAUUUUCCCACCCCGCUGGCUGGUGGCUGAAGAUACUUUUCGGCCCCCUUCUUACCACCGCAACUGCAUGAGCGAGUUUAUGGGCCUGAUUCAAGGCACUUAUAUCGCUAAGGAAGGUGGAGGAGGCGGAUUCCAGGCAGCCGGUGCCAGCCUGCACAAUUGCAUGAGCAGUCAUGGUCCAGAUUCUACAGCCUUUGAUAAAGCUUCCAAUGAGGAGCUCGUACCUGUCAAGGCGGGCGUGGGAAGCAUGGCGUUUAUGUUUGAGAGCUGUUAUAUGGUUGGGAUCACGGACUGGGGGUUGACCAAAUGUUCCAAGUUGCAACCAAAGUAUAGUGAGGAAAGCUGGGGAGGAUUGCGAGAUCAUUUUCAACCGCCUACUGAAACCAAAAAAGGCGAUAACAUGGUUCAACAGACACUACACACUAUAAAUUGA